UAUCUGCAGCUCAGAACAGCUGCAGAACCUGGCAAGCUGAACACAAGCACUGUCAAGUGGAGUUGCAGAUACAGCAGCAAAAACUCAGGUCUAAGAGCCAUGAAGGUCCUUGUUGUGCUCGUCCUAGCUGUUUUCAGCGGCUGUCAGGCCAAUCUCUUCUAUGCUGAUGCACCCAAGCCACAGCUGGAAGUGAUGACUGAUGCUUUCUGGGACUAUGUUGCUAAGGCCACUCAGACAGCUGAUGACACUCUCCAGAUGAUCAGGAAGUCUCAGUUUGGACAGGAAGUGAGCGCCCGUCUGACAGAGAGUACAGACAUGGCCAGCCAGUAUGCAGUUUCCGUCCAGGAGCAGCUUCCCCCUGCAGCCCAGGACCUGAUCACCAAAGUCACCACAGAGGCUGAUGUGCUGAGAGAGCGUGUGACCCUGGAGCUCAACACUGUCAGGGAAAGGCUUGAGCCCUACACUGAAGACAUGAAGGCCCAGAUCCAGCAGAGAGUGGAGCUGCUCAAACAGGAGCUGGCCCCCUAUGCAGACUCCCUGGACUCCGAGACCCUGAGGACCACCCUGUUGCAGAAGAGCGAAGAGCUGAAGACCAGCCUGGAGCAGAGUGUGAGGGAUCUGCAGGCUCAGCUGGGGCCCUACACUGAUGACCUGAAGCAGAAGGUGGACCAGCACCUGCAGAAUUUCCAGGAAAAUGUGGCCCCAGUGACCGACAAGGUCCAGGUUGAGCUCACUCAGAGAGCCCAGCAGGUGAGAGAAAUGGCUGCACCCUACGUUGAGGAGCUGAGGGAGAAGCUGGAUCCCUAUGCUCAGGACCUCAAGGCCCGUCUCACCACCCUUUACGAGUCUUUUGUCAAAGCCAACUAAGUCAACCUCCAUCUCAAGUGAAACAGAAAGAAACUGCUUACACUAAUUCUCUGAUUCCAGGAACACAACAUUGUUGUUAACAAUAUGACAACAUAAGCUCACCAGUUCUGAAAGCUUAAGAUGUCUUUAUAUAUAUUUAAACUAUUAAAAAAUAGGUAAAAUAUCGAGUGUUGGUCUGUUACCACACACUGUGUUUUCUUCCUAUAUUAUGUAAAUAAAAUAAGAAUCAAAACACAAACUUG